CGGGGCACUGGGUUAGUCUCUCUGCCAAGCGGGUUGCCCUGGUCCGCGGGGGCGGGUCUCCGCCGGCCCCCCCUCGCCCCGGCCUUACAGACUGAGGCCCGGCAGGGGGCCAGAGGCUCAGGCUGCCGCGCCCGCCAGGCCGCCGUAACAAGGGCCCCGUGCGGGGGACGCCGGUUCCAGUAUAGACUCCAGUGCUGGUCCCAGUGGUGCUGGUGUCGGUGCUGGGCCCGGUGCUGCCGGCUUCCUGGGAAGUCACUUAGAACGGCCCGGUAGUGCUGGCCAUGGAGGAAAGGUACACUGCUGGUCCAUGGCUUCAGUGGGAGGAGGAAAAAAAGCGAGGAGUCCUUGUGGCACUUUAGAGACGAACCCAUUUAUUUGGGCCUAAGCUUUCGUGGGCUAGAACCCACUUCAUCGCUUUUAUUGGCCUCUAAGGUGCCACAAGGACUCCUCGGGUUUUUUUGCUGGUACAGACUAACACGGCUACCCCUCUGAAACCUGUCACAGCGAGAAGUGUAUUUUAUGCCCCCAAAAGAAAGGGGAGUAGCAAAAGUGUGUAGGGAGCUCUAAAUUAAAUUUGACCACCCUCUACUUUAAUUUAUGCAUUCUUACAGUGCUGUCCAGUCUCCUAGCAUGUAAAUUACACCACUUCACACUCCCUCAGACUCAGAUUACUGUCUGUGAACCUAGCUAUCUAAUACUUAGCCCUGGUCUACACUACCAAAUUACUUCGGUCAGUCAGGGGUGUGGAUUAUUCACAACUCUGAGUGACGUAGUUAUACUGAUCUAAGCACCCGUGUAGUCAGCGUUAUGUUGGUGUGAGAGAUUCUCCUACCGAUGUAGCUACUGCCUCUCGUGUAGGUGGAUUAACUAAAUUGACGGGAGACGCGCUCUCUCUCAUCAUUUUAGAGCAAUGGCUCUCAACCUUUCCAGACUAGUGUACCUCUUUCAGGAGUUCGAUUUGUUUUGCAUACCCCCAAGUUUAACGUCACUUAAAAACUACUUGCUUAUGAAAUCAGACAUAAAAAUACAAAAGUGUCACAGCACACUAUUACUGAACAAUUGCUGACUCUCAUUUUUUACCAUGUAAUCAUAAAAUAAAUCAAUUGGAAUCUAAAUAUUGCACUUACAAUUCAGUGUAUAGCAUAGAAUCAUAGAAUAUCAGGGUUGGAAGGGACCUCAGGAGGUCAUCUAGUCCAACCCCCUGCUCAAAGCAGGACCUAAUCCCCAACUAAAUCAUCCCAGCCAGGGCUUUGUCAAGCCUGACCUUAAAAACCUCUAAGGAAGGAGAUUCCACCACCUCCCUAGGUAAGGCAUUCCAGUGCUUCACCAGCCUCCUAAUGAAAAAGUUUUUCCUAAUAUCCAACCUAAACCUCCCCCACAGCAACUUGAGACUGUUACUCCUUGUUCUAUCAUCUGGUACCACUGAGAACAGUCGAGAUCCAUCCUCUUUGGAACCCCCUUUCAGGUAGUUGAAAGCAGCUAUCAAAUCCACCCUCAUUCUUCUCUUCUGCAGACUAAAUAAUCCCAGUUCCCUCAGCCUCUCCUCAUAAAUCAUGUGCUCCAGCCCCCUAAUCAUUUUUGUUGCCCUCCGCUGGACUCUUUCCAAUUUUUUCCACAUCCUUCUUAUAGUGUGGGGCCCAAAACUGGACACAGUACUCCAGAUGAGGCCUCACCAAUGUCGAAUAGAGGGGAACGAUCACGUCCCUCGAUCUGCUGGCAAUUCCCCUACUUAUACAGCCCAAAAUGCCGUUAGCCUUCUUGGCAACAAGGGCACACUGUUGACUCAUAUCCAGCUUCUCAUCCACUGUCACCCCUAGGUCCUUUUCUGCAGAACUGCUGCCUAGCCACUCGGUCCCUAGUCUGUAGCAAUGCGUGGGAUUCUUCCGUCCUAAGUGCAGGACUCUGCACUUGUCCUUGUUGAACUCAUCAGAUUUCUUUUGGCCCAAUCCUCCAAUUUGUCUAGGUCCCUCUGUAUCCUAACGCUACCCUCUAGUGCAUCUACCACUCUUCCCAGUUUAGUGUCAUCUGCAAACUUGCUGAGGGUGCAGUCCACACCAUCCUCCGGAUCAUUAAUAAAGAUAUUGAACAAAACCAGCCCCAGGACUGACCCUUGGGGCACUCUGCUUGAUACCGGCUGCCAAGUAGACAUAGAGCCAUUGAUCACUACCCGUUGAGCCCGACAAUCUAGCCAGCUUUCUACCCACCUUAUAGUCCAUUCAUCCAGCCCAUACUUCCUUAACUUGCUGACAAGAAUACUGUGGGAGACCGUGUCAAAAGCUUUGCUAAAGUCAAGAAACAAUACAUCCACUGCUUUCCCUUCAUCCACAGAACCAGUAAUCUCAUCAUAAAAGGCGAUUAGAUUAGUCAGGCAUGACCUUCCCUUGGUGAAUCCAUGCUGGCUGUUCCUGAUCACUUUCCUCUCAUGCAAGUGCAUCAGGAUUGAUUCUUUGAGGACCUGCUCCAUGAUUUAGAUUAUGCUCCUCGCCCUGAUACCUGACUGCUGGACCCAUUCACCUGAAUCUGGCUCUUUGCUUGCACAUCACAGAAUAUCAGGAUUGGAAUGGACCUCAGGAGGUCAUCUAGUCCAACCCCCUGCUCAAAGCAGGACCAAUCCCCGAUUUUUGCCCCACAUCCCUAAAUGGCCCCCUCAGGGAUUGAACUCACAACCCUGGUUUUAGCAGGCCAAUGCUCAAACCACUAAGAUCUCCCUCCCCCUAAAGUUUGGUUUGAUUCUGUAAGCAGUGUCAGGAUGAGCUCCACCCUGACAUCUGGUGGUGAGGUGUGGCAAGUUGUGGAAAAGAACUUCAGGGGCUGAUCUCAUUUGCAUAGGCACACCCACCACGCCUAGAAUGAGACCAUAGCUGCCCAAAUGGUCACUUUGGCUGCUGUGGGAUCCCCAGUGUCUGUUAUUGGGGCAGGAAGAAUAAAUUGUUAUUACCCUGAUUAUGGGAACUGUACGUGGCCUUUUGUUAUGAUGGAGGGAUUCACCAUCAACUAAGUAGCACUCGCUAGGCAAGGGUCAUGGGUUCCAAAACUCUGUGAAUUGAGAGAGGAUGGAGACAAAUAUUAAUACUUGGUGGCAUGGGCCCCUUGGUGAGGGCCUUACAUGCUAAUUGCACUUCCUCCUCUCUCCACUGUGGAAUAUCAGAGCUACUUUUGAUUUCAUUAGAAGUCUAGUUAUAGGCUGCUGAGCUCACUUUGGGCUAACAGUGCACCAGCACUAGGGCUCCCCUACUACAAGCUGAAUUCACCAAAGAGCUGAACUGACUAAGAGCUGAAAUCACUAAGCGUUGUGUCAGGUAAUGGGGGAGCCUGAAGAUAUAUUGUGGAGCAGUUUGCGGGAUGGCUGGAGUGCCUUGUGGACAGGCUGGUGAAGCAGUUCAACGCGGAGCAGUUUGUGGACGGCAGGAGCUGGUUGUGGGCCGCGGAGCUGAGCGAAGGAGUUCGUGGGGCGGCUGGCGGAGCGAAGCGAAGCUGUGGGGCGGUCAGCUUCAGAUCAUGGAGAUGCUGCUGAAGCCUCACAGCAGGAUCCAGGUCAUAGAAGGAGCUAAGCACAACCUCCCUGACAAAGAGGCUUUGAGGGCAGCCAGCAUGAUUCGGGAGCUAGCUGAAGGGCUGACAGCUGAUGACCUCCUCCUUGUGCUGAUCUCAGGAGGCGGAUCGGCUCUACUGCCUGCUCCUACUCCUCCGAUCCUCUUGGAAGAGAAAGAGAAGGUCACCAAGCUUCUGGCUUCCAGAGGAGCUACCAUACAGGAGCUCAACACCAUCCGGAAGGCCCUUUCCUUGUUGAAGGGUGGAGGGUUGGCCCGGGCUGCAUACCCUGCACAGGUGCUAAGCCUCAUCCUCUCUGAUGUCAUUGGCAACCCAGUGGACAUUAUUGCGAGUGGCCCCACUGUCUACAGUUGCCCCAGUGCUCAAGACUGCUUUCAGAUACUGACAAAAUACAACCUGCUGAGCAUCUUGCCCAGAUCUGUGGAAACAGUGCUGUCCAGCUCCGUCUCAUAUCCCAGCGGUCCGAAAGACUAUUCCCAUGUCUACAAUGUUGUCAUUGGCUCAAACAGUUUAGCUUUAGAGGAGGCCAAAUGCCAAGCAGAGGAUUUGGGCUACUGGACCCUAAUUCUGAGUGCAGCGGUGUGUGGGGAAGUCAGUAGAGUGGCCAAACUCUACAGCCAGCUGAUUCAGUUUGUUUGCUUGAGCACAGCUGGACUUGCAGAAGGUCCUCUAAGAGACCAGGUGAGAGGAGAUCUUCUAAAGCUGGCAGCAGAGCUAGAGAUCCCAGGUUUGAACCUUGUGGAUCCUUUGAAGGCUUUGCAAGGAUUGGAGUCUGAAAGAUCAGUUUGCCUGCUGGCUGGUGGAGAGACCACUGUCCAGCUUCAAGGAAAUGGGAAGGGUGGGAGGAACCAGGAGUUGGCCUUACAGGUGGCAUUGGAGUUACACCGAGCUAAGGCCACUGGGGCUGGCUACUUCCUUGGGAGAUAUGAAGUCCUGUUCCUCAGUUGUGGGACUGAUGGGCAAGAUGGGCCAACAGAGGCAGCUGGUGCCUUCUCUAGCCAGGAGCUGGUGGAUAAGGCUGCUCAGGAAGGUCUCAAUGUGGAGACCUUUCUGAGCAACAAUGACUCCUACACAUUCUUCAGUAAGUUCCAAAAUGGACAUCACCUUUUGCUGACUGGUUUAACAGGCACCAAUGUCAUGGACAUCCAGGCUAUUUUAAUUAGGGCUAGAGACAGAUAAGGAGAGCACCUCUACAAACUCCUCAGUUGUUUUUAAUUAGAGGCAUUGGUGAAAAAUGAGGGUACCAAUGUUCUGGACAAAUCCAGACUGCUUAAAUUAGGGACAGCUGGCAAGGGCACUAAUAUCAUGGCUGUAAAAGCUACAUUAGUGAGGCAUAUGGGUGGGUGACCGUGAGCAUGUUCAAUCUGUUAGUUAGGAUCAGAGAAAGGUAAGAUAGCACCAGCAUUAUCGGGAUUGGGGCUGCAUUAACACCUUCCAGCUGAAGAGCCACUAACAUACUGCAUUUUGGCUGUGGUUACAAAGAAUUCAGGAAUGCAGGGCUGAUGACUGGCAGGCAAAUAAGGCUGGGAUUUAUAAAGGUUUCUUAGGGAGUUUGAGUUCAAGUGGGGUUUUUGGACAUCUGACACCCAGCCUGAAUCUCUAGGUUGCCGUUGUAACUCUUAUUCCAUACAAAGCUAACAAGGUAUAUUAGAUUAAUCCAUAGGACCCUAAAUCCAUUGCACUCCAAGUUCAGUGGAGAUGAGCACAUGGCAUAGGUUGAACCUUUGAUCUUGGAUACAUGGCGAAAACACACCGAGCUGUGGCAUUAACAUCAUGUGAAGUGAAGAACGGUGUGAACCAUGAUUCAGAUUCACUGGUGCAAAAACCAUCGGAACACGAGAGCUUCUCCUCCACUAUGUAACCUCCUCUGCCCUGGUGUGGUGACAUUUCCGCCCCAUGGUUGAUGUUUCAUGGGGUAGCGUGCUGUAUUAUGUGUGUGUAUGCUACAAGCAUUUGGGGUGCUACCACCAAACCGGUCAGAAAGCAAUACAGCCUCCAGCCUGAGUCAUUGACCUUUUUACUGGGUAAAGUCAGUAGUCCCUGUCAUGCUGAUUAACUCCUCUAACUCCAUAGAACAAAAGGCCACAAAAUCCGUAAAUCCAACUCUCCUGACCCCUGUUGCUGCACUGAUCAAAGGGCAAAGCAGCUGGGGCUAUUGCUCUGUCAAACAGCAGGUCCCUCCAGCCUCUGGGACAAUGCGGAGCACCAGCUACUUCAGCUUUGUCAUCAAUUAAACUCAGAUCCUGUCUUGUCAUAUUCAGCUCAUUCCCAGCGUGACACCUGGGGCCAGGUUUUCUAAGGAGCACAGUAAUCAAUAUCUUCGUCUCUUAUGAAGAUCUGGCCGCUUAUUGCGGUGCCUAAAUGGGAGCUGAGCUCGCUUGAAAUUCCAGCCCUGAUUUAAAAGGCCACAUUUGAUGCAAACGGUUUGCAGACAGAUGUAGCUGUGCUGUGUGGCUGAUCUAACUUUGCAACGUUAAGUAUACCAUCCUAUUAAUACCGUAAACAGUGAAGUCAUUGCACAGUCAUGCUCAGCAAGAUUCAAAGAGGGACUGGACAUUUAUAAGGAUAACAAGAAUAUCCAAGAAUAGUUAAUGCUAAUAACACUCUUGGAGGGGAUAUAAAACCUCAUGCUUUUUGGGUUUAAGUCAAUCCCUAUGCAAUAGAGAUUAGAAUUGGACCUACAUGUUUACUGAGGGGUUUCUUGUAUCUUCCUCUGAGGCAUCUGGGCACUGGUAACUAUCGGAGAUAAAUUCCUGGACUAUAUGGAUCUUGAGUCUGAUCCAGUCUGGCAGAUCCUAUGUUCUGAUGUGUGAUCUUGUGGUUAAGGCAUAGAUUUUGGAACUAGACAAGCUAGAUCCUAUCCCAGCUCUGCUAACACUCCCAGAUAUAAGCUUGGGCAAGUCACUAACAUUCUGAGGCUCAAAUUCUUCUAUAACAUGGGGGUGACCAUCUUUACCUACAUCCCAGGGGUUUUGUGAGGCUAAAUUUGCAAGUGGUUGCAAAGUGCUGUGAAACCCUCUGCUGGAAGGUGCUAGAGACCUAUGACAUAUGGUAAUUUGGAGGCAUGAAUACAAUGUCAGGGUGCAGACUGUGGAGGGAAGUUUGUUCUGGCUUGUGUGUGUGGUUUUUGAAGAUUUCUCAGGGGAGUGGAGAAUGCCAUUUGAAUUUCCCUGUGUGUGUGGUGCCUGCCAUAGUGGGACCCUGAUCUGAUUGGGGUCCCUGUGCAUGUCUGCGGUGCAAAUAGCAUGAAUAAACCGAAAGGGAAAAUGAA